ACCUGCUGCUCCUGCAGAUGCGGGUAUUGAGCCAUCAGGUUCCACGGAAUAUACCGCCUCUUCUCCACUCGGUAUCAUACCACAUCAAAUGCGUGGAUUUUUGAACCAUUUCAACAACAUGAUUGUAAUCGGACAAGCAUAUGACCAAUGCACAGCUUGCUCAGAUUUUAUUAUAAACGAGUACAAAACUCAUGAUUUUGAGUUUUUGAAACGCGUUUUCAAUUCUCCCACAUAUCUAGAAGAAAUUACUGGGCUAACAAAAUUACAUCAAGAAAGUGAAGACGUUGGUGAUUUCGUUUGGGAUGACGACGAAGAUACGGAAUUGUGA